CCCUUGCGGCUCUACGGCCCAGGUUCGCGGCCCGACCCCUGCCCUGCUCUGCCCUGCCCUGUUCUGCCUUGGGGCGGCCUGGCUCACGCUGGCGUCUGUGGGCCGUGCUUGCCGGCCUGGGGCGGGGGCGGGCGGCCACUCUCAGGCCCUCUGCUGGGGUCGCUCUGGGUGUCCCGAGGGCUGUGUUUUCAUUACCUUUUGACUCUCCCUGUUUCCCCCACUCCCUCCUUCCCCAGGCUUCGUGCGUGGGCGUUUAUGGGUUUAGUGUGGAGGUUGUUUUUAUUUGUUUUUAUUGUUUUUUUGUUCCCGAAGUCGGUGAGAUCAUCCUGCUUGGAGGCUGCGGUGUGACAGAAAUGCUAAAUAGCCCUCGGGCUCGGGGAGGCUUCCUCAGCUAAACUCCGCAGUCGCCUUGCAACCAGGUGGUAGUCUUUCAGAAAAUGAGUACCUAACUGAACCGGGGUAGUACUUCAGGGAAACAGGCUGAAACCUAAAACUGUAAGGUAUAUAUUAAAAAAAUAGUCACAAACCUUAACGAAUAAGCCAGAUUAAUCAUGAGUGAAGAUCUAAAGGAGUAAGUCUUAGGACUUACUAGGAAAAUGCUAGAAAUGUAAGCUGUUGGCAUACGACCCCCAUCUCUUUGCAAAGGAAGGGUAAUCCAAGUCAUAACUGGAUUUCGAUUUCAGUUUUUUGCAUCUUAGUAGUUAAUACCCUUUAGCUUUUCAAUACUCUGAAAUAGUCGAGUGCAAUGUACCUCAUUUUUGAUGCAGUUAAUACCCUUCAACUUUCACAACUCUAAAACAUUUGAAGUGCCAAAGUACUUGGUUUUGAUGGCAUUUCAUAAAUAGGGAUAGUAGUUGUCAUCCAUGGAGUUAUGUUAAACAGAUGGGACAACCGAGCACUUCACACUUCUUACUGUUUCUGAGUGAGUCAUUUAAGCAGUGUGACUAAUCAUCCUACCAUACAGUUGUCAACAAAAGAGUAUUUUUUUUCCUUAGCUACCCACAAAAUCAAAGAGAUUUCCAGAUUUUCUGUGGAUAACUGAAAACUAAAGAACCUAUCUUUUGAACAACACUUUAAAUUUAGAUUGAGGGGGAGUACAUGUGAUGGGCUUCUUAUCUAAAUAAUAUAUAUGGCAUUUUUUUCAGUGCAGCGUACAGCAAUGUACCUGGGAAGUUGGUUAACUUAGAAUGGUCAUUGUUGGGCAAGCAGCCACAUGUUGUUUUAAGGCAUUUAUCUAAAUAACAAUCUAAUGUGAAACUGAAUUAAUUUUAAACUGAAUCAGUCCUUUUCCUGCCCUCCCCCGCUGCUCCUGUGUCAAGUUUUAAGUUACCUGGGACAGAGGCACUUCAGUAUUCAGUGCAGUCUGGAUUGGGGAUUUUCAUGGUAAUAGUUAUGAUGAGUGUUACCAAGGUAAUGAUAGUGUUGGCCAGGAGGUUGGGUGGGAACUGCUUUUUUGUGGGGACACUGGGGUUGUAAGAGGAAGAGCUGGAUGAGGAAUUUGUGUCUAGAAGUGUGAUAUGAGAAGUGACCUGAUUUGAUCAUAGCCCUUGUGGGAAAUCAAAGUCAGCAGUUAUCAACAGCUUGUGAGGCUGAGCCAAGAAGGCCACAUUGAUUAAAAAGAAAAAAUAUUGUGGGAAUGGAAAAUGUCUUGAAGGGAAGAUACUCAGAUUUAAUUUCUUUAAGUUGAAUUACUUAUCUAGGAGAGAAAAUUUUAAAUGUAUCAAAAUGCAGCACUGGACACAGGAGGAAGGUGGUUGAUUUGGAAGAAGUGUGUUUAGAAGUGUAGUUACCUGGGACAGGGGCUGGUGGGGGAAAGUAACAUGAGGUGUGGAAAUAAUGAAACCAAGGAUACAUCAGAAUGGAUCCCACAAAGAACACAAGAAAGGACAGCUUGGCAUUAUCAUUAUGGAUGGCUCCCGACACCAUGCAGGAGGAAAUGACAACGAGCAGGCGCCUUCACGAGAGCACAGCCACAGCGGAGGUGAGAGACAGCGGCAGCUGGAGCGCCUCAGCCGGGAGGAGGCCUAUUACCAGUUCAUUAAUGAGCUCAACGAGGAGGACUACAGGUUAAUGAGGGACCGAAACCUGCUUGGCACUCCUGGAGAAAUAACAGCAGAAGAGUUGCAGCAACGUUUAGAGGGGGCUAAGGAGUGUCUGACAUCACAGUCUGACCUGGAUAACAGAGAAGCUGAAGGUAGAACUGUUGGAGAUUCUGAAGUUCCCGGGGAAAACUCCAACAGCGACUCAUUGCUUGAAUGGCUUAACACAUUUCGUCGCACAGGAAAUGCCACUCGCAGUGGGCAGAGUGGGAACCAAACCUGGAGAGCUGUGAGUCGAACGAAUCCAAACAGUGGGGAGUUUCGCUUUAGUCUUGAAAUCAAUAUAAAUCACGAUCAUAACAGUCCUGAAGCUUCUGGUGAGGAGUAUGUUGAUAUAGAUGCUACCAGACUGUAUGUAGAAAGAAGACGUCAGCUAGUUCCCAGUUUAGUAGCCCCACGGACAAGGAGCGUGGCUGCAAGAGAGGCAAGCAAUGAAGCCGCUAGGACCAGGCUUCUAAGACAUGCUAUGGCAGUGAGGUCAGAAGUUGCCUCUCAUUCAGUUUCGAGGAGGCUCAGGAGUAGAACAAGGGAGCUGACAGGCCAGACAAAUAAUAGUACGCGACACAGUUCUGUGGCUGCUGGGGAACCAAGAGAAAUACCAGGAAGAGGUACUUCUGCAGGAGUCAGAAGGGGUAGAUCUAGAAGUGACAUCGGGAUUAAUACAAACCAAAGAGUAGAAGUUUUGCGGCUGAGGUCUACCUUAAGUAGUCGAAGCCGCUCCCCACUGCAAAGGCAAGGUGAUGCUCCUCGUUCUGAGGAGCGUGGUCAGAGGCAGGGUAGAAAUGCACAGCGGGUCAACAGAAGUAGGAGACAAACAGCUCAAGCUUCUCCCCAGCUUACUGAAGAGCAAGCUAGAGGUAACACUCAAGCUCCCCAGCCUCCCAGUGUAGCCCCAUCCUUAGGAACAACUUUGGAGGAGGAAGAGUCUAGUAGGCCAGUAGCUGCCGCCAGAAGGCACCCGACAAUUACACUAGAUCUUCAGGUGAGAAGAAUUCGUCCUGGAGAAAACAGAGACCGGGACAGCAUUGCCAGUAGAACUCGUUCUAGAGUAGGAAUGUCAGAAAACACUGUUACCUUUGAAAGUGAAAGCGGAGGAUUUCGGCGCACAAUAUCCCGAUCAGAGCACGCGGGUAUUCGGACCUACAUUAGCACUAUACGGAUACCUCUUCGUCGGAUUUCAGAAACUGGGCUUGGGGAACCUUCAUCAGUGGCUCUUCGAUCAAUUGUUAGACAGAUAAUGACAGGCUUUGGAGAACUGAGUUCUUUAAUGGAAACUGAAUCUAAUUCAGAAGUGCAAAGAGGCAGUCAUCACUUAGGAGAUGCACAGAAUAACUCAAGUUCAGCAAACAGCAGUGAUCCAACUGGGGUUUUGUCUAGGAAUAGACAUGCAGUAGAUGGCAGCAGGGAAAGAAAUGGACAGAGGGGUGGUAGUCAACGCUCUGUGAGCAAUCCUGAGAACCAAGAUAGCAGGCAGUCUCAAGAUGCAAACAACCUAGUGGAGAAUGGAACACUGCCCAUCCUUCGACUUGCCCAGUUCUUCCUGCUGAAUGAAGAUGAUGAUGAUGAUCGUUUAAGAGGUUUAACCAAAGAGCAGAUUGACAAUCUUUCUACACGGAACUAUGAGGAUGUUCACACUGAAAAUGAACGGAGUAAAACGUGCAGUGUUUGCAUUAAUGAAUAUGCUGCAGGGAAUAAACUAAGGCAGUUACCUUGUAUGCAUGAGUUUCAUAUUCACUGUAUUGAUCGCUGGCUUUCUGAAAACUCCACUUGCCCAAUUUGUCGGCAGCCAGUUCUGGGGUCUAAUGCCACAGAUAAUGGAUAGAAUUGUUUGUACUGCUCCACAUUAAAGGAUUUGCUCCUGCUCUGUUGUGAGUCAGAUUAAAUUCAUUGACUUAGAUAUGGGUCCAUUUGUGGGGGGGAGUUUUGUUAAAUUUCUUUUAAAGUUGUAGAAACUUGUCUAAAUCUAACAAUGUAAAUACUAUUUUUUCCAAGUGCAGGUCUAAGAGCGCACAUAGAACCAAAUUAUAUUGGUAAAGUUUAUAUUUUUUUAGAUAAUUUUGUUAUGGUAAGCACUUUUGUAAAUAUGGAAAUGCAAUAGUUAAUCAGUCCUGCUUAAUGUAUGUUUUUUAACAUUGUAAUGAACUUGCUUUAUUUAGACUACAAAUUGUUUCACACAGACCUGUCACUGUGUUGAAAAAUUAGUGGCUAAAUAGCCAUUUAUUAGCUUUUUGUUCUAAGAACAAUUUCUUUUACAGAGAGGCUCUUGCUGGACAUGUUUGCUAAAGAUAUUUAAGUUACUUGAAGUGCUCAUUUUAUUAGACUUUUUUUUUUUUUAAACAUUGAAAUAUUCUUUCCAAAAACUUGCCAGUUUGGUUCUAUUUUAAAAAUUCUAUCGCAAUUUUUGCAUGUGGGUUUACACAGUUCUUGACAUUAAAGUGGAUGAGUUAGUGGCAUUAUGAAGUGUUCAUAAAUAAAUGCUGUCUUUGACAAUCUUUGUCUUUUCAGUGCAGACAGCAGUCAAAUCUGGUAAUUCCAAGAGGGUGUGUCUUACUUGCUCAAAGAAUAAAUAAGUGCUAAGGAAGUCUUUUUACUCUUCCAAAUUCCUCAGUCAAUAUUCCUGGUGUUUUAACUGCCUUAGUUUAAAGAGGGAAAACAUUUCCUUGACCAUUAUAUUGUCUAUAAUAUGCAUGUUUAGGGCAUCCUACUCAUAAGAACAAAACCAAGACUUGACGUGAUUUUGUAGAGAAAUUUAAGGUACUCAUAUAGUGUUAUUCCUCUUGAAACAUGCCUGAGGACCGAGUGGUAAAAGACACUAAAAAGGACAAAAUAAGCUUCCCUGAAAAUCCCCAGAAUCUGUAUAAUUAGAUACUAAACUUUAUACCAAUGUCUUAAAGUAAAGUUGCAAGUUAAACAAUUGAGGCUUUGUGUGAAUUACUGUUGAGCCAUAUCCUGUACCUUAAUAAGAAAACUUACUGUUCUUAAUGUUCAUUCUCAGUUUUCACUUUAUUUUUCCCCCACUUUUCCUCAGCUCUGUUCCUGGCCUGUUAGUUGUUAUGGUACAUAAAAGCCCAGCAGAAAGCGCUCCAGGAGGUUCUGGGAGAAGUUGAGUGUUACAAAGCUUGUCUUCUGAGCAGCCUGCAUCUCAGUCCCUAGAGAAAUGCAGAAUUGUGCAGUAAUCUGUUGCGUAUACAUUCUGAGCAGUAGAAAGAGUACUUGAAGUGAACAAGUCCUAUUUACUUUCUCUGCCUGCAGAUAGUGGCCUUGACAAAUGUGCUUCUGUGCCAGGUGCGUCACUUGGAACAUCUGCUCAUGACAUCCUUCAAGGGUAGCUGUAAAAUCCCAUGUGAGCUAUUGGAUGUCUACUUCAGUUCUGCAAGUGGAAAACUUGUGUCAUAAAUUGCACAGAAGGGCUUCUUUUCAUUCCUAAAAGUAGUUCUGAGAAACUCUGUUAUGAGAUUUAGAUGAUUUAAGGAUAUGAUUAAGAUCUCUUCUGAUGUAAUUUGUGCUGUUAAUUACUGCAAAUGUUGUUGACCCUUUCCUUGAGUGCUUCCUUAACUGCAAUAAAGAGUGAGGAGAUUUAAAUGUGA